AUGCGUAGGCAUUGCAGCCCCCCUCUAAUCCUAAGCGGGUGGGAGACGGUGCAAGCCUUGCUAGUGGCGGAUUCUCGACGUCGCGCUCGAAUAUUGUCGAGAGCGCGGAAGAUCUGUACGCAACCUAGAGUAGAUGAUCUACAAAUCCCGCUGGUACGUCGCAAACAGUUGUUCAUUCGCUCCGCCGUUCUUGGCGGUACCUCGUCGACGGUUGGGACAUUCCCCGGACCUCUUGUUGGAAGCACAUUCUUCUUGAAUGUAGCCGAUCACCUGACCGACACGACAAUGUUGAGAAGCACUAGUAUCCAUUGGCACGGCAUGUUCCAGCAUGGCUCCAGCUGGGCAGACGGUCCAGUUGGAGUGACACAGUGCCCCAUCGCCCCUGGUAACUCAUUUUUAAACCAGUUCUCUGUUCCCGAUCAGGCCGGAACCUUUUGGUACCAUUCCCACCAUUCCACGCAAUAUUGCGACGGCUUGAGAGGUGCUUUGGUGGUUUACGAUCCUUAUGACCCAUACAGGCAUUUGUAUGAUUUUGAUAAUGAAUCAACUGUCAUUACACUUGCGGACUGGUACCAUACCCCCGCUCCAUCCGCUGGCCUCGUCCCUACAGCAGAUUCGACAUUGAUCAACGGGAAGGGUCGUUAUUCUGGCAGACCUACUUCUUCCCUUUCGACCAUCAACGUUCAGCACAGCGCGCGCUACCGCUUCCGCUUAGUCUCGAUUUCUUGCGACCCCAACUUUACUUUCUCCAUUGACGGACAUAACAUGACCAUCAUCGAAGUCGACGGCAUCAACGUUCAACCGACAACUGUGGACUCCAUUCAGAUCUUCGCUGGACAGAGAUAUUCUUUCAUUUUGACGGCUGGUUGGCCAGUUGCUAACUACUGGGUACGUGCACUACCUAAUCUCGGGCCGCAAGGCUUCUCCGGGGGAGUCAACUCGGCUAUUCUCCGCUAUUCUGGUGCUCCUAACUUGGAUACUACAAAUCAGACUACCAGCGUCAUUCCCAUACUUGAAACCAACCUCCAUCCGUUGUCCAACCCAGGCGCUCCAGGAAAGCGAGUUGCUGGAGGUGCUGAUGUCAAUAUCAACCUGAAUAUCGCGCUUAACUUCACGGAAUUUCUAUUCACUGUGAACGGGGCGACUUUUCAACCACCUACAGUACCCAUUCUUUUACAGAUCCUAAGUGGCGCCAAGACCGCACAGGAUUUGUUGCCUACUGGAAGUGUAUAUACCCUUCCUCGCAAUAAGGUUGUUGCACUUUCACUGCCUGGAGGCGCGGCCGGAAGUCCCCAUCCCAUUCAUUUACACGGAACCGCCUUUAACGUUGUGCGUAGUGCGGCAAAUUCAACUUACAAUUAUGUAAACCCUGUCCGUCCGGAUGUGGUCAGUAUAGGAGGAGCUGGAGACAACGUCACCAUUCGUUUUACUACGAACAAUCCGGGCCCAUGGAUUUUGCAUUGCCACAUCGACUGGCAUCUCAACCUAUAUCAAAUUGGUGGUCGUGUUCGCUCAAGACGUUCCGUCGAACGCUACGUGACUAGCACCUAUCCUACCGCAUGGGAUAAACUGUGCCCCACCUACGACGCUCUUCCCACUGAAUUCUUCACAUAA